AUGCGGCCGCUCGAAUCACAAUUGUCGGCCAAUAUCUUUCUGCAUGUGCCACCGCUGGGCCAGAAGCAGAAGCAGCAGCAGCAACAGCCAUGGGCGACACAGACGUUGGGGAGGAGGAAACCGGGGCGGAAACUCGUCUUCUUCAUCCCGGGAAAUCCUGGUUUGAUCGGAUAUUAUCGUCCGUUCCUGGCCCUGGUUGUUCAGGGGCUACGGGGUGGGCGAGAAGACGAGAGCGGUGACGGGCGCGUGGAAGGUGCAGAGGCCGUGGUCGCGGGGUUUAGUCUGGGAGGAUUCGACGUCGACGAGAUCAUCAAUGAUGAUGAUGAUGAUGAUGCGGAGGAGGGGAAACCUUGGCGAAAUGACGGGAACGUCAGAAAGGGAGGAAAAGGGGUACAGCAGGAGGAGGAGGAGGAGGAAGUUGGUGGUGGUGGUGGCGGUGGUAGUGCUCAUGACGACAAAGGUCAUGAGGAUGGAGACAGGAGCGACGAGGAGGACACAAUCCCCGUGCAGAGGUUUCGUGUGCCAGCCGGGGAAGACAAGGAACUGCUGCUCUGUCCGCCCUCAUUCUCACCUGGAUCUUUCCACGACGAGCGACACGAGAAACGGCGUGAAAGGCACCCGACAACACAGCGGCAGCGUAAAGUCUACACGCUCCGCGAACAGAUCGUGCUCACCUAUGCGCGGGUGGAAUACCUGGUUCAAAGACUACAAGACCGAAAAAGCCCAUCCACGCACAUCUCGGAGCAAGAGCCCGUCCAGGUCGUCCUCAUCGGCCAUAGCGUCGGGGCAUACAUUGCCCUGGAACUCGUGAGGCUGUGGCAUGAAAGACAUCAUCAUCGACAACAGCACCAGCACAUCUCACUGGAUACCGCCGCAAAUCCGAGUGAGAAGGGCGGCGGCGACGACGACGACAUGUCGACACUGGCAACGGACUCGUCCGAGUCUGGGACCAAAAUACCUCCAGCGUCCAGCUGGGCGAUAUCGACAUGCAUCCUCCUGACCCCAACGAUCCAAGACAUCCACCUCUCCCCGUCUGGCCGCGUCGCCACGCCCGCUCUCACCUACCUGCCCUUCCUCCCAAGCCUAGCACACACGCUCCUUCACACAGUCCUCCUAAAGCUCCUCCCCUCGAUGUGGUUCGCCGCGCUCGUCUCGCGGUUGACGGGUAUGCGGGCAGGGAGCCACGGCUUCGAGACCACGAUGGCGUUUCUGCAGAGCAAGCGGGGCGUCAAACAGGCCUUGUUCAUGGCGAGGGGGGAGAUGGACGAAAUCAGAUGCGAUACCUGGGGACAAGAGGUCUGGGGGGCGAGCCACAACCACAGCCACAGCGACUCGUGGAACGCAGAGGAUGAACGUGGCGCGAGCACGACUAGUCCGAGACUGUUCUUCUGGUUUGCAAAAAAAGACCACUGGGUCGCCGAUGUCACAAAGGAAGCAAUCUUCCAACGCAAACCUGCCAACGUUGGUGUGCAGAGGGAUCGCUUAGCCAGACAUCGAACCAACAUGGAACUUUCAGAGACUGAAGAAGAAGAUUUCAUGGAAGAUCAGGCGGGCAGCACGACGAGGCAGGCACCGAGAUUUCGGAUUCUGGAAACGGAACGUCUGGUUCAUGCGUGGUGCUUAGACCAGAGCGAGUUUGUGGCACGUCGUGUGAGCGGCUGGCUGAGGGAAGUUUUGGAUGCAGGAGGCUGCAUGCUCCACGAUGGGCGCCCUUCCUACUACCAGUAUUAG